AUGGCUGCCAAACGCAAAGGCGGCCUGAAACUAAAUGCUAUCUGUGCCAAACUAAGCCGGCAGGUUGUAUCAGAACAUGGGUCAGAUCUAGGAGAUGCUGAACCUGGACCACUGGAAAGCAGUGAAAGAGAAGGGGAAAAGAAACGAGAAGUGGAUCCCACCGACAGCCUCACCUCUGAUCAACGUGCAGAGGAAGAUAAACGCCGUAGGGAGGUGAUAGAGAAAUGGGUCAAUGGGGAGUACACAGAAGAACCCCUCGAAAGGCCGACUAAAGACUAUAAGAGAAUAGGCUUGGCUGAGCUUCCCCCUGAAGGUGUCUACAUGGUACAGCCCAAGGGGUGCAGUGAUGAAGAAGACAACACUGAGGAGACCAGGACCUCCCAAACCAGCAGGUACUUGGAGGAGAGAGAACCUGAUAGGACUGUCUCCAAGGAACCAGAGACAGCUGCAAAAAUUGCCCCAGGAGCACCUCCAGGAGAAACAUCCUCAUUGCGAGAUUAUGCGGCCAACACUAUGAGUGAGUUCCUUGGGAUGUUUGGCUACACCCAACCUAAUGUAAGGGAUGAGCUUGCAAAGAAACUUAGCUAUGAGAAGAUCAAUGCUGCUACCUCAGAGACCACCUCUGCUGAAGACCCUCUCAGUAAGCGAGCUAGGUUCUCCAAGUAUGAGGAGUAUAUUCGGAAACUAAAAGCUGGAGAGAAUCUGUCCUGGCCAGCUCAUGUUGUAAAAGCUGAAGAACCGAAUUCCAAACCCAUACAGAGCAAAGAUAGUUCAACGACUCUUCAGCCAUCACAACAGCCACUGGUUAGCAGAGCACCAGGACAU